AUGAGUCUCUGGGAAUGGCUGACGCACGCUCGGGCCGUCCACAAGUGGGCUCUUCCUGGCCUGGCACCGUGCCUUCUCUGCGGACACCUCUGCGCCCCAGGGCCGGGUCUCCGGAGACAUUUCGCCACCCAGCACAGAGACAAGCUCGGAGAGCGUUUCAAUUGCGCCGCGUGCUUGGCUUCGACAGUGCCGGCAGGAGAGGCGCAAGGCACCUAUGACUUUGAGGAGCUCCUCCGACAUGGCGUGGACAAGCACCCGUUAGGACAGUUGGCGGCAGAUGGUGCGGGAGGAAAGCGCAAGAGGGACGGCGGCAUGUCCGGCGAGCACACAGCGCCAGCCGCUAAGCGCACGAAGGGCGACGGCGAUGGAAAACAUCCCGCGCUAGCUGCUAGGCGCACGGAGAGCGACGGCGACGGCGACAGAAAGUGUCCCGCUCCAGCCGCCAGGCACACAGAAAGCGACGGCGAACGGGAGUGCCCGGCUCUACCCGCCAACAGAAAGAGGGCAGCCGGGCACAAAGUGGCGUACAGGAAGGAGCUCUCCCCCGUUGCGAUUUACAAUGCCGACAGCGACCCGUGCGAGGACGUCAUCAUCUGCGCAUCGACUAUUAACGAGCAGCAAACUUGCCAUUUCACGAAGAAUCUUAUCGGCUCAAGUGCGGCCCUGGAUUCUGAGUUUCUGGGCAAUGUCGACCCUGCGCUUCUCGCUCCUUGGCGGCCAGCUAGUGCCGUCCACCACACUGCCGCGAUGCUCUCAGACCUUCCAACGCCAGAAGCGCUCAGGCGGCCACGGCGUUACCGGGGGCCACUGCCAUGGCUAAGCAGGAGGAUCUUGGUGACUGGGUCUUGA